CGUCCUUACGAAUGCCAUCUCUGCGACAAAUCCUUCUUCCGCCUUGAACACCAAACCCGCCAUAUCCGCACCCACACUGGCGAGAAACCACACCCAUGCGACUUCCCCAACUGUGACAAACGCUUCUCUCGUUCCGAUGAGCUUACCCGCCACAUGAAGGCCCAU